AUGCCCUCACGUCUGCCUACGACACACUCUGGAGAAUGUACUAAGCAUAAAGAAUCAGCAUCUCUGUAUUUUAAAAUGGCAAUAUUAAGCACUGGGAUCGCCUCUAAGAAAAGGGUUCUGUUAUCCCGACAGCACCGCGAGGUGAAGAAAGCAGAGCUCGAAACUGCGCUCUCGAACUUUAACAGGCUGGUUGAAAAACAAAGUGGCGAUCACACUUUCGUUGAAACCGAGGACAAUCGUUUCGUCUACCAGCCAGUCGACGAGUACUACGUUUUUGUAAUGACAUCUUUCGACUCUAACAUCUUGCGCGACAUCGGUGUAGUAAAGGCGCUCGCCGAAAUCGUACAGUCUGACGCAAGCGAGGGUCUACAAGAGAACCUAUUCGAACUCAUAUUUUAUAUGGACGAACUCAUCACAGACAACAAACCAGAGGAAUUGACGUUAGACCAGAUAAAAGAAUACAUUCUCAUGGACUCUCAAGAGGAGAAGAAACACAACAUGAUACAGACGUCUAAGGAAAAGGAAGAAAAGGAACGUCGCAAACAAAUUGCUGCUAAACUGGAAAAACGCAAACAACUGGAUCACAACUUCACUCAAAUCGUUUCAGAGACAUCUGUGUAUGGCACGCUCGCCGCUGAUGAGCCAAGGGCACCUUCGCUGAUGGCCGGAACGUCGAUACCAUCAGGGAUGAAACUAUCUAUACAUAGAAUGAGUCGCUACCUGAGUCUCGAUAAACGGACGCAGAUAAACAACCGUUCAUCUCCCUUGGGUCUGGAUGCCAUGAGGCAUGCCACUGUGCCCAAGGCUUCCAGGGACGAGGGAAGUAUCAACAUUUUGGAUGCGGAAGCACCUGUAGUGGUCCAGAUUGUCGAGGUAUGCAGUGGAAGCAUCCAUUUGGAGGGAGGUGAACUCGUGAUGACCGUAUUCGAGGAGAGCGCUCGCCUGGCUGCCCUCGAAUUCUCGGCGAAUCCUGAGAUGAAGUUGCGGUUCCAUCCCAUCAUCGACAAAAACAGGACCUCCAAGAAUGUCGUAGAGCUACAAAACCCACAACAAGAGCAUAAAAUUGGACAUUCAGUUUCGUUAGUUAAGUGGCGCCACAAGACAUCAGACGAGCACUUCUUCCCCAUUACUGUGAGCUGUUGGCCUAACACUAACGCGGGACGGACUACGGUUACUGUCGAAAUUUUAAACAGUUCUGAUGCAUUGCUGGGGAAGGUGAACUUUCAGGUCUUAGACUCCAGGUACAAUCAAAUUGUAGUAAAUUCAAACGAACUCGGAGUUGUCGAAAGAAAUAUGGAUUCGCUCAACUGGGUUGUCGAGAACUUUGAAUCACAACAGACGGGUCGGUUCGAGUUCACCACCAAUGGUGACCUAAACUCUAUUCUUCCUUUCACCCUACUAGCUAAGGCUGCCACUUCUGCGGCACGAAUUAAGAUAUUGCGUUGCUACGACAAGAAUACGGGGGAUCCUCUCGAUCACGUCGUGAAGACGCAAACCUCUUUCUCGAUGACCAUCGGGAGUGAAGGCAAUUAA